AGAUAACGAAAACAACUAUGGAAAACAGAGGACUCCCUCUAAGAUCAAUCAUCUCACAUUCUCUCUGGAUAACACUAGUUGGAAUCCUUCUCUUCAGUCUCUCCACCACAAAAAAACACAACUUUGGUUACACCAAAUUCUUUUCUAUAUGCGGAACGUUACUCAUGACCAUACCUUGGAUAAUCCAACUUCUUCUCACUUCUGCUGUCAUAUUACUGCAUAAGAGUAUAGGUUACAACCUUAUGUGGGUUGUUCGGCCACCAAAAUCAUCUAAAGAGAAUCAUCAUCCCACUAAUGUCGUCACUAUCUCUUCUUCUUCUCCAUCAUCUCCUCUUUCGUCCGGCCAGGCUCUCAAGAACGGCGACGCGGGUGAGAUCGAGAUUAGGAUUGUGAUUCCAAGAAGUCCAAACUCAACUCAUUUGGAGAUUGAAGGAAGAAACAACUCCAAACUUCUUGCAAAUGGAUCACCUGUUUCUUAAAAUGUGACUAAACUCUCUUCUUGUUCUGUUUUGCUUCUUUUUUCAUUUCUCUUUUCUUUAAAGACUAUGAUCUGAAACUUGUAGUGCUUACAAUAUUUCCGUUGUAAGUUUCCAUUA